GGCCCGCCGGCGAUGGAGCCCCCCGAGCUGGACGAGGCCACCCUGAUGGAGAUGGCGGAGUUCAUCGCGCAGCGGGGCAACAGCGUCGACUACGGGAAGUUCGCCAGCUCCUUCACGAAAGUGAAGCGGAAGCAGCUGGAGGGGCACUUCGACAUAGUCUUCGAGAACAAG